UCAUAUGUACUUCCGGUGUUAAAGCACUUGUUUCGAUUUGUUUGUUUGGUUUGAGUCUGGAGAAGAACUGAAGUUGGUGUAUUUGUUCCACCGGAUUUUUUUUUUAGAUUAGAAAGUAUUUCCACGAUCAAUUAGUUAUAGGAUUUAGAAGUGACAGAAGAUGGUGAAGUUACAUAUCAAGAAAGGGGAUGAGAGCCAGUUUUUGUAUGAUACAACAGUAGAGCAGCCCAUUGAUGACCUGUUGAAAGAUGUGUGUGCCAUUCACAAUGGACGACUCAAAGUACAGAGAAUUUGUGCAGAAAUGGAAGAGCUGGCUAACCAUGGAAUUACACUCCCACCAAACAUGCAGGGUCUGACAGAAGAACAGGUGGAAGAAUUAAAACUGAAAGAUGAGUGGGCGGAGAAGUGUGUUCCUCAAGGUGGGAUCAGGGAAAACAAAGAUCCCAUCGGAAGACGUAAUGGUCAAGCUCCAAAUGAGAAAAUGGCAGAGAUGAUGAAGAAAACAGCAAAAGAAGCUAAAGAUAUGGUGUCAAAGAAAAAAGUAGAAGCCAAUGUUUUUGUAACACAAGCCACAGUGAAGGAGGCACUGGACAUUCUACGAGGCGCCGUUAUGAUCGUUUAUCCCAUGGACCUACCCCCACACGAAAAUGUGAGGCUGGAACUAGAAAACAAUGAAGAUCUGACUGGUACUCAGGCUUCCAAUGAAGUUUUAGAGGAAGAAAAUACCUCAGUAUGGUUUUCAGGAAAAGAAAUGUUAAGAGGGAAACAAUUGAAAGAUUUCAUUGGUAAAAAUGAGAAGACGAAAAUUGUUGCCAAAAUUCAAAAGAGAGGUUUAGGGGCACCAGGGAGGGAACCAGUUGUGACAGAAGAUGAACAGAAGAAGAUGAUGGCUUAUUACUAUAAGAAGCAGGAAGAGUUCAAGAAACUGGAGGCGGAGUCUGAGGAUGCUUACCUAGAUUCCCCGUGGGCAGACUCCAAUCAGCUGAAGCGUCAAUUUCACGGAAUGAACAACAUCAAGUGGGGGCCGCGGUAACCCCAGACUUAUACAUAGAGACAGCUUAAUAUUACAAUCCUGAUAUUAAUAACAAAGUGUCCGUCCCAGCAUUCAAUGAACAUUUUCAGACAGAUCCAUUGAGUGAAGACACAGAGUGUUCGUUAUUCUAUUUGACUUCAUUGGAAUCAUACAAAGAAAUAUUCACUAUUCGAACAGAUGCUUAAUAACUUAUGUACGUAAAAAUGGUCUCACUCUUGUAGGACCGAGAACUAAAAGUUUGGAAAAUAUCAUCAUAUGACUAUGCAUUUUUAGAAUUCAUUUUUUAUUUAGUUUUCUUUAUCAUUAAGAGAUAUUUUGUACUUUUUCUGUUUCACUGAUAUUUACAGACAAACAAUAAUGUGUAAUGCAUAAAAAAUGAAAUAUGAAUUAAAUAUUUUUAAUGCU